AUGUGUUUUUAUUCUUUCAUUAUGCCUCUUAUUGUUUCUCUUGUAUUUCUCUCUCUCCCAUCUUCCCUGGCCACUCUCUUCAACCUCCUUCCAUUCUUAAAUGUCUCUCAGUACAACAUGGCACUACUAUGCCUCAUUUAUUCUCUUUAUGCCAAAAAAAAAAAAAAGCAAAUUCUUCCUGACUUUUUGUUUCUCUGUCUCCAAUGUUCACUUUUCUUCACUUUUCCAUUCUUUCUUUGUUACAUCAGUACUCAUUUGUAUUUUGUGUCUUCCAAUGCCUUGCCCUCCUUUCUCUAUCUAGGACAUGAUUGGUGCUGCCUGCCAGUGUUGGUCAGUCAAAGACACAUGACAUAUUCUUUUAGCUACAGAUUGUGUUCAUUCUUUCUUUGUGCUAAAACUUUGUUUCUUUUAUUACUCGAACACUUCUGUCUCCCCAUUUUAAUCUCUCACUUUCUACUUCUCCCCAUACCUGUUCCUUUUUUUUUUUUUAAUUAUCCCCCCCUCUCUCUCUCUUUUUACUUUCUCUAUAUUUCUUUUAUUUAUACUUUUUUGGUUUGUCUACCUACACUCACUCCUCUUUCUAUUUUUUCUCUCUUUCCCCGAUUCUCUACUCUUUCUUCUUCUACCUUCUCUCACCCCUUUGUUGUUUUCUAUCCCUUCUUUUUUCUCUCACCGUGUCUUUUUUGUCUCCCACCUGUUCAGCUGUGUUCUCCCCCCCCCCUGUUGAACAACUACCCCCACAUCAGAACUUCGCCCUCUCCCUCUCUUCACGAACCGUAUAAUAAACUACCAAACAUUCCACUGCCCUUCACCAACCCUACCACUUUUCACUUUUAA